ACAUCAUUUCUUUGUGGUCCAAUUUGUUAUAAUAGUGUUGCUUGGUUAUCAGCUUAUGAUUGGAUAACACAUAUGUUACUUCCAUCAUUAUUAAUACCAUUAGCAAGUAUUACUUUGUUAUUAAGAGUUUUAAUUCAAGCGAAGAAAAUGAGAAGAACAUUAAAUUGUCGAUCAACAAGAAAAUUAACAUUACAAUUAAUGGUUAUUUCAAUUUUUUAUUUAUUAUUUUGA